AUGAGUUCCGUAAACCGUCCAGUGGACUUGAAGCAGAAGGAGAAGGACGUUAACAACAAGCUACAACUUUACGGCAUCGUCGAAGCCUUCUCUAAUGGAAAGGUCCCCUCCAACCAGCAGAUCGAUGUUGCGCUCAACUCGGCGCUCGCACAUAGGGCACUCAACUCACCGUCUAAGAAACUGUCAAGCGAAGGCCAACACCUGGUCUCCGACCUAAAGAGUGUCAUCGAGCAGGCCAAGAUCCUACUUCUUACCAAGAACGAGGGUAACCUCCUCCAGGACUUCAUCUGGCAGGCAGAGCACCUCGGAGGCAAUAGCGCCAACCUUCCUAAUGCCCCUGUUGAUAAGGACACAGCAAAGCAACAUGGAAACGAGGCGCUCAAUGGUCUACGGACUCUCGGCACCCUCAUCAUCAGCAAUGGCCAGUUCAGGAAGCUCCUCUCAGAUGCUACCGUCCUUCUUCGUGACAUGGCUGGCGAUGCCGCUCAAAACACCGCCAACAAGGUCAAGCCCUCAGAAGACCGUCUUAACCGCCUAGACGAGCCUGCUGAGGACAACACCUGGCACGACACCUCCGACCUGAACCGCGAGAACCUCCGCAACCAAGCUAAGAACAGCCUGCCCUUUGGCAACAAGAACAGGGACGAGACCAAGAGUGAGUUGAAGGAGCAUGCCAAGGACAUCAACCAGGCUGCCAACCCAGACGGUUCUCGUGAUCCUCAACAUACCGCCCAGCUCGGCGCCCAUGAGGGCCAGUCUGGUCAGAGCACUGGUAUCGAUGCUCGCGGUGCUUUGGAGACUGCCAAGCAGAAGGUUGACGCGAACACUUCUGAGGAGGACAAGAACAUGGCUCGCGCCCGUCGUGACCAGAUGAACAACUACCUCAAGGGCAAGAUGCCUGAGGAGCGUCGCGAGCAAACAAUCUGGCGUCUUAAGAAGAUGGUCGUCGAGAUUCAGGGACACCAGGAUUACCAGCGUGCCAUCGAGACUCUCCUCAGCCUCGCCGAGCAGUACUCUGGCCAUGGUAGGAACCUAGGUCAGCAGGGCAAGGGCUCCGUUCAAGGUGCGCAUCAGAAUGAUGCUCUAACUAAUGCUGAAGCUAAUCUCAAGACUCUGCUCGAGCGUUUCGCUAACAACACCUCUUUCGACGACCUCAUCGAGUCCAUCAACCAGGUCUACAAGGACGCCGACCAGGACCCUGAGCUCAAGAACUGGUUCACUCGCAUUAACCACUUCAUUCGCAAGACCCUACAGCAGCAAGGUUUCAUCCUUGAGGACCGCAGCAACGAGGAGUGGAACCAGAUCUACGAUGACGGUCACCGCCUCCUCCGUGGCCGCUACCGUGGCCACACUGACCGCAUCGCUGACGAGUUCAAGUUCAUUGGCGAGCAGUUCGACGCUGACCCUCAGAACAAGCAGUUCGCUCAGUCCGUCAACAAGCUCUUCCUUGACCUCGGUCAGGAUGAGAAUGGCCAGACCGUCUUCAAGCCUCACCUUCUUAAGGACUUGAGCGACGUCAUCCUACCUUCCAUCUUCGAGAACGUCCGCUACGUACCCAUCCCACGUAUCGAAUACAGCGACUCAAUGGUCGAUGCCGUCGUUGAGAACCUAGUCAUUGAGGGUGACAACCUUGCCCCGAACUCGUUGGAGUUUGGUUCAGACAACUACUGGCGCUGGGGACGCAAGUCCAUCUCGAGCAAGAACAAGAACAAAGUUAUGCUCUCAGUCUCGGGUGUACAGAUGGACCUCAGGGAUGUCUCAUACUACAUCAAGCGCAAGCAGGGCUUCCCCUCCAUCACCGACAAGGGUGUUAUGGACAUCUUCAUGGGAGGCUCCGGCUUCAGCUUCAAGGUCGAGAUGGAGACUGCUGACAAGGCCCGCGAGAACAACGCGCAGACCCACUUCUUCAAGGUCACCAAGGUUGAGUCUGACAUUAAGAACCUUCAGAUCAAGAUGAAGAAGAGCAACCACAAGCUCCUCUUCAACAUGUUCAAGCCUCUUCUCCUGAAGGUCAUGCGUCCUGUUAUUCAGAAGGUCUUGGAAAAGCAGAUCAAGGACUCCGCUAACCAGAUUGACGGCAUUCUCUUCGAUAUCAAGACUGAGGCAGACCGUGCCGAGGCUGAGGCCAAGCGCAACCCCGACCCUCAGAACAUCCAGAACAUGUACCAGCGCUACGCCUCUGCUGUGCAGCACCGCAUCAUGCAGGGCAAGCAGAAGAAGGAGCAGAUCAAGGAGAAGGCCAGCGACACCCAAGUCAACAUGGCUGUCACUCAGCACGACUCCAUUUUCAAGAACAUCUCCUUGCCCGGAGGUAUCUCUUCCAAGGCUACCGAGUACAAGGAACUUGCUGCCAAGGGUGACAGGUGGGAAAGCCCCAUUUUCUCUAUUGGCUCUGCCAAGGAGACCUCCAGCCUGCCCCAGGUUGGCAAGGUCACUCGCAAGCCUCACGGCCGUGCGGGCGGUUACGGUAGCUCGGGUGACGAGUCUCGUGGUCUUGGUGCCUCGCAAGGCCUCAACCCAUCAGCAAACCAGUACGAUAGCCAGUACAGCAAUGCUGGUGGUCUUGGUGCUAGUCAAGGCCUCACUAGUGGCCAGGGUCUUACUGGAGGUUCCGGCCUCACUGGUGGCCAAGGCCUUACGGGUGGUCAAGGUCUUACUGGCGGUCAAGGUCUUACUGGCGGUCAAGGCCUUACUGGUGGUCAAGGUCUGACUAGUGGCGCUCCUGCCUCUGGUUUGGCUGGCGGUAUUCCUUCCACCACUGGUGGCAGCCACGGUUUCGGCACUCAGGUCGACGAUGCCUUCAACACCACUGGCACCGGCGCCCCUGUUGGCUCAUCUGGUCUUGGUUCAUCUGGCCUUGGAUCUACCGGUCUUAACAACCCCGCUACCGGUACCAGCUCUGCCACUCACCCCUCUGGUGCUCCGGCCCCUGGAGAGUACAACACUACCUUCGGUGACCAGAACCCUGUCUUCCAGGGCCGCGCUUAG